AUGAAUGCUCAGCAGCUGACUCAGCAGCACCUGCUGCAGCAGCAGGCGCUGCAGCAGCAACUCUUGUUGCAGCGCCAGCAGCAGCAGCAACAACAACUUAUUGUGCAGCAGCACCAUCAGCGGCUGCAGCAGCAGCACGCUUUGCACCGCCAACAGCAGCUCAUGCUUGCGCAAGCCCAGGGUGUGCAUCCUUCGGCGCAGGCUGCUGCGCUGCUGGCACUGCAGCAGCAGCAGCAGCAGCAGCAACAGGCAGUCUCGACAGCAGCAGCAUUUGCAGCUGCCAGCCUUGGCGGUGGGAAUGGGGCCGCAGCGGCAGCAGCAGCAGCUGCAGCGGCGCGCGCCCGCGCUGCUAUGGACACGGCAAUGCAGCAGCAGCUGCAGGAGCAGCUGGUUAGGCUGCAGCAGCAGCGGGAGCACCAGUUCCUUGAGCAGCAGCAGCAGCAGAUGCUGCAGCAGCACCGGCAGCAGCAUCAGCAAACAACAGAUGCAUGGCGCCUGUUCGCUGGCGCUGGAGGGAGAGCCGCAGCUCUCAGCUUUGCGGCGCAUCAGCAGACGGCGGUUGCGCAGCGGCAGCAGCAAGCAGCAGCUGCUGCUGCUGCCAUGAGCGAUGGUGCAGCAACAAAGCUUACUGGAGCACCAGCAGCAGCAGCAAGCAUGCCUUUAGACGUGACAGCAGUCCCUGCUGCGCCUGCAGAAGUUCAAGAAGCAAAUGCAGCAGCAACGACGACAGCAGCAGCAGCAGCAGCAGCAGCAGCAGCAGCAGCAGGCGGCCGCGAGCCAAUUGCGCCAUGUGGAGCGCCCGUUGCGGCGACACCCGUGGUGCCGACAGCAGCAGCAGCAGCAGCAGUGAUGCCUGCAGCAGCACCACCAACAAUUAUGCCAGCAGCAGCAGCAGCAGCAGCAUCAGCAGCAGUUGGGCCCGCAGUAGCGCCUGCAGCAGCAGCACCCGCGCCAGCUGCAGCUGUGGCAGCACCCGCAGCGGCGGCGGUGCCCGAGGCCGCAGCAGCAGCAGCAGCAGCAGCAGCAGCAGCCACGCCGGCGGCGGCGCCUGCUGCAGCAGCCCAAGGGCCGCGCUGCAGCAGCAGCAGCUCGCGCAGCCGCAGCAACAGAACAGCAGCAGCAAAAGGUGGCGGUGCUGCUUGCGGGCGGCGUGUGGGGCGGCCUGUGCGCAAGGGCCACGGGUCUUCGGGCGUAUCUGUAGCAGCAAGGGAUGCAGAAGCAGCAGCAGCAGCAGCAGCAGCAGCAGCAGCAGGCAUUGACAAGGAAACACCCACGGAGACGAUCCCGCAGCCCCGAAGGAUCCCAGCGGAUGCCUUCAGAGUGCCCACUGUGCCAGACGAAGAUUACUUCUCCACAGUUCCGGGCUGCUACUACCACUUUG